AUUUAUGCCACCAAUUCAUUCAAUCUUAUUGUUAUUAGUCGAAUAGUAAUAGGAUACGAGGUAAUUCACUACACAAUCAAGUGCUUCCUCUUUAAGGCUGUGGAAUACGUCACUGAUCACGAGAACACCGCUUACAAAUCAUAACAUCAAUAAUAUUAACUUUUGCGUAGCUAAUAUAUUUUAUAGGAUAAUUUAAAUAUUUAUCUAGAAAGCAUAAUAAUUUUCUAAAUAAGUAAAGUUGUAAUUUAGUCUUUAAUUAUCCUAAAUUUUUAUAAGUUUGUUUUUCAUUAUAGUAUGCAUUUUUUUUUUUUUUAGGGAAGGUAAAGCGGAAACGGGACGUAAUUUCCAAUCAUAACAUAGAACCACCAUUCAUGUAUGUAAAGAGGUAUACUCAUUGUAUUGUGGCUCAUGACAGCUAUUCCACUGACUCAUUCUUUUGCUAAUAGCAGAAACCGUUAUUUGUGUCAUGGCUUCACAAAAUGAGGUACGUUAUGAAUAUUUUUAAUGAUUCAAUAAUUUUUCGUAUUGGUGAGAAUGUACAAUCGUCAAAUGAAGAAAAUGAAAUGAUGAAAUGAAAUGAAUUAUUCGACAUUCGUGAGAUUCAAUGAUCAAUGAUAAUUUAUUAUAUCUGAAACUUAAACAAAACUCAGUUUACUCAGUCACUCAAGACUAGACAAAUAUAAAAAUAAAUCAAAAUCUAGUAAUAUUUGCGAUAGCUAAAUUCUAGCAAAUGGAUAAUAAUCUCAAUUUGUGUGUGACUGAAUCAGAUUGUUAUUAGAAUUGUUAUUAUUAGAAUUAGAAUGCCAAUGUUUUGAAAAAAAAUAUCUAAGACAGAGAUCCAUGAGUUAAUAAAAAAAAACGAAAAAAAAAACGAAGCAUAUUCCAUGUUUUCACGGUUGUGGUUUUGUUUUAAACACUUCCAGUUCCACUGAUCACUAUUUACUAUUGAUAUUAACCAGUACACUAUAUACUAUAGACUAUAUAUAUUAUACAUAGAAGAAUACAAAUGUCAAAACAGUCCUACUACAGUACUGUGGUUCUCCCCCAGUGGUUACCAAAUCUAAAUGACAACUAAUUAAGUCAUUUUUGUCACUAAAGGAGUUCAUUUAACACUGGAAAUGGAAAUACUUAAGAUGUCUUGUGUUUAAAUUGUUAUAAUUUAAAAAUGUUGUCUUGGUUUAAUUACAUAUUUAUUUAUGUGCUGAAAAUGAAUAUGUACUAUGUAAUAAAAACAUCUCCAUUUAUUUGGAUCAAUAAAGAUUCUUAUCUUAUAAACUGUGAGCCCUGUGUUUCCCCAUCCUACUAAAACUUUAACUACAUUCAUUUAGACAGAUAGCUUUUUGUGCCCUUAGCUGGGGCGGUUGCCAAGUUUUGCCCAUGCAUCUCUUUAGCCCAACUUUCACUUUAUAUACCAACUUACCAAGUUAAAAGAAAAGUAUAGAAUGAAAAUGAAACAAAAUUAACAUCAACCCAAUUCUUCUAAGGAGAUAUAUAUUUUUCAAAGAAAUCUUAAUCAUUGAGGUUUGGAAACAAAUCUAUUUCUCUCUCUAUUAAAAUCCAGUAGUAGAUAUAUCAGGUCCUUCAAUGCCUGUCACCAUACAAUUGAAUUAAUGUUCCUAAUGGCAUUUUAUGUCUUUCCUUGCUGAUCAGUGUUUUGUUCAUUUUACUAAAAGUCUGUCUAUGUUCUACAUUUGUAUAUACAGAUAAAAAAGUCUGUAUACAAUUAACUUUUUGCAUCAAUUGAGAAUUGGAACAAUUGUUCUAUAUAUAAACCAGAAACAAAUACUGUUUUGUAGAAAAAAUGUAUAGAUCUAAAAUUAAUUUAGUGUCAUUUCUGGUUUCCCCUUUGAAAGGUUUACUGCUUUUUAAAUCUCAUGAUUAACAAUAACAAAUCUUAACAAACAGGCAAAUUUAUAUAUAAUUUGUGAUUAAUCAAAAGUAACCUAAUUCUGUUUUGAAUUUGAAAAUAUUAGAUCUUUCUUCAAUGAAAAUUAAUAAAUCUAUGGAGCCUUUUUAACACUUUUGAUCCACUUAUCACAUUUUUUUCCAAGAUCCUAUAAUUUUUUUUAUGCUGAUGAUUGUGAUACAACAAGAAAAAGUGUAAAUGUCGAUUUAAAUAAAAACCAGCAAUAAGUUCAUUUUUUCCCAACCGUCAUCUUUUAUUCCUGACCAUGGAUUAUUUUUUAAAAAAAUGACCAUCAUUGAAUAUAUAUAUAAAAACAAAAUAUGUGUAAAAUUCAAUUUCCUGAUUUUAUUAUAUUGAUUCAAUGUUAAAGACUUUAUUUUAAUCAUUUGUCUAUAAUGAAAUAUCAUUGUUUCAUGGCAAUGACUGCUGUGGUUAUGGAAAGUUCUUAUUGAAAGAAAAAAAAUUAUUAAGUUAAAUUUUUUUUUCCAGCUUUAGCAUUUUACAAGAAAAAAUUGUUUUACAUAACCACCCACAAAACAAUGAAUGAAGUUAAUGAAGAUUAUCUAAAUUGUUUUAUAUGAUACAUUUCCAUCAGGUGUUGUUUGCAAAAGACAGUGUUUACAUUCACAUUAAUGUCCAAGACACCAAGGACAAGGAUGCUCAUAUUGCAGGCAGAGUGUUUUUGCUACAUAAGGUAUUCAGAUAAUAUGAUUACUUUAAUCUGUAAAUAGCUUAAAGCUUUACUUUCUAUGGAGUGCCCAAAAGAGCCAGAACUCCUUUUAAGUUUUAUUUUAUUAAAAUAAAUUUAGUUGUUUUUUUUAAUGAAGUUUAAUUUCUUGCACAUUUUUUUUUUAGUUGUAAGAUUGAAAUAUUUAUUCCAAAUAAAUUAAUUAGACUUUCUUAUAAUCAUUUUAUUUUAUUAUAAGGCUGAAGGAAAUUUUAUCGAAUGGAAGGCAGAGGAGUUUCUAAAUUUGGAGUCCCAGAAUGAAGAGUGGGAUGUUAUUGGCAAUGUUGGUUACAGAAAUGAAGGUUCUGAAUGUGGUAAGGAAAAUAGUGGCUGGUGCCUAAGUUUUAAAUUACUCAAAUUAUAAAAAAAAUAAUGACCUCACAUAAAAUUCCAUCUAAUUCUUGUAUGUUAAUCUCACCUCUAUCAUUUUAAAGUACAUAGGCUAACUCAUGCGUAACAUUUAAGUAACUUUUUUUAAAUACAUUAUUUCUUGGAGUGCAAAUUGCACAUCCUUUUUAUUUUCAAAUACAUCUUCUUCUUUCAGUAUCAAUGAAUGCAAAAAUGGAUUCAAGAAGAAAAUACAACAUCAGCUUUGAUGUUCUGGAUUUAAAAAGCUUCAAGCGUAGUGCCCCAAACCAUGGCUGGGCUUACAUUAUUUUUAUACUCAAAGAUGGAACAACAUUCCCAGCCCUUCAUUUUCAUAAUGGGGGAAGCAAAGCCUUACUCAAAGAGCUGGAGAAUUUCAUAACUAUCAGGAGGUGGGUUCUUGUUUUACAAUAAAAAUGUAAUACAAACAUUUAGAAGUUGGAAUUUUUCAUUUGAUUUUCUAUUCAGUUCUAGUUAGCUAAGUAAAAUAAAUUAAGGGUAGAGAAACUUUAAAAAAAAGGAAAUUUAAAGGAAAAAUGGUCUUCAAUCUUUGUAAUUUGCUUUCAUUUAAUUCUUAAAUAAAUUGAAAGAUUAUAAAGUAAAUAAAUAUCAUUCUCUAUUUAAUAUUUUCUUAUUUAGGCUAAAGUAGUGAUACCAUUAACAAUUAUCUGUGCAGUGCCUUUACCAUUUUAGAAGUUGAUAAAUUUAAUAUAUUACUAUUAUACUAUUCACUUACGUUGGGUUCUCUGUUGUAAAAAAUUCGGCAGGUCGCCGAACGACCAGCGGCUAUUUUUAGUGCAAGAUGACGACCCAGAGAUGUUAUCCAAAUCUUUUAAUGAGUUGUCCCUCUUCUCAGAUUCCUCUGGAGCUUAUGUGCAAGUAAGUUUUGGCAUUGAGCACUUGGAUGCUUUUGGUCUUAGACAACACACUAUUUCACAAUGAAACUAAUUUUUAACAAAGAGGAGUAUGAUGCACCAUUGCAUCAGCAGGCUUAAUUAAAUAACAUUGUUUUGAUCAUUGCUGCUCAUUAGAACCUUUUUAAACCCUUACUCCACAAGAUCUUACAAAUGUUAGAUCUUUUUUUCAAAUAAACAUAAUGGCUAAUUGGAUUUAUAAUUCUAUAAAAAAUAAUUUGAGAUAAUGUCAGUAGAUGUGUUAAAAUUAAUACAUGCUUUUUUGGUGUAAAACACCACUGUAUCUGCUCUUUACUGGUAUCAGAGAUUUUACGAACAGGGUUAUGUUUUGUUGCUAUAUUUAUUUUGGUUUUUAGUCAAAGCAAUAGUUAAUUUGAACUUGUAUAUAUAUAUAUAUAUAUGUUUGUGUAAGAUUUCAAGGCAAUUAGUGUUGUUGUAAAGAAUAAUUUUAAAAAAAAUGGUUUGAAAAAAUAUAUGAUUGGGAACUAUGAGAGCCAGUUUUGUGUUUAUGUCUGGGAGUUUAGUUCGGUGAUACAAUAACAGUUUUAAUAAAAUGAAAAAGGCAAAAUGGAUUAUUUUGUAAUCCUUAAGCAAAAUUUUUGGCUGUCCCUUCCAGACUCUUUAAUUUUUUGGAUCAUGCAUGGCUCUUUCUCAGCAAUAAAUAUGCUUAGCUUACAAACAUAAAUAUGUCUAUUUACAAUCAUAAACAUGUUCAUGGAUUUUAACUUUUUUCUUUGUGUUUGUAUAGUUAAUUUCAAUGAAAUCUUUGUAAACUCUUUGAAAGUGUGGAAAAUUGGGAAAGUGAAAGAGCUUGGCAUGGCAUGGUUUUUAAUGAACCAGAACAUAUUGAUAGUAGUGACAGUAAAAUGCCUCUCAGCUAUCCAUUGCAAAUGAUCAAUUAUAAUUGAAUAAUAAUCAUGAUUAGAUAAUCGUGUAAAACCUGAUAAUGGAAAUCAUCAGUUUCAUUCAGGCCCAUUGAGUUUACUUUGUUCUAAAUGUGGAAUUCAAAACACCUUCAGGCUGAGACUCAGGGUGCUCGUAAUAAACCUUAUUUGCUAGAAUCUCACCAGUGGCCAUAAGUCAGCAGUAACAAGUUAGACCUACAUGACAAUGUUUCCAAAUCUGCAGCCCUGGUUUUUAUACCAUUUUCAGAUGUUUAUUUUUAGAUUUUCAGCUUAAGUUCCCAAUAUAUAUCCUGUAGAUGCAUAAUAUAGAGCUUUUUGAAUUGACCCAUUUAUCAUUUUAUUCUCUCCUGUCCGUUUUAUUUGUUUGAAAGUUUUGUUGAUUAAUAAAGAACUAUGUUUUUUCAAAAAUAGUCUGAUGGCAUGCACUGUUGUCAUAGGGCUUUUUCUAAAUCUUACAAAUUAUCUGGUUUUUGUGUGUUUAUUUAUAACAUAUAGUGGGAAAUAUUAAGGAUUAAUAAAGAAGAGGAUUGGUGGAUAAAAUUCUACUCCUCAGUAUAAAAUAAUAUGUUAUUAGGUUACUUCUUUUGCAUUAGCUUGGCCUUUUUGCAGUCUUUCUGCCAUUACAUAAAGGAUUACUUUAGAAAAAUUAUUUUUUCUAUUAGGAUAACAAAAAUAUUACCUAAUUAAUGAGCAUUAAUUUUAAACACCUGAGCUGAGUCAUAUCUAAAACCUAGAAUAGUUUUGUAUUCACUCCAAAAAAAAUAAUUGUUCUCUCUCUUACAAUAUCAACUAGAUCUAUAUAUGAAUUUUUAGUUGUUUAAGUUGGUUGCAAUGAUGUGAAUUAAAUUAUAACUGAGUCUUUUCCCAUUGUUUAUUAUACAUCAGUUGGUUAAAUGAACUAUAAAUAUUAUCCUUGACUUCUAACGUCGAGAACAUAGAAAAUUUAUCUUGUCUAUUAAGAAGUGUUCAAAUGAGUAUGAUAUCCAAGAGAGUUAAUAUAAUAAUUGGAGCUUUUCUCCAAAAUAAUGCUAGAAUAGUUAGUUGUUAAGUUUUUUUUAAGCUUAAAAUUAAUUUUUGUCUGUGUGUAAGAUUAUUCAUCAAAUAUUUUCUUUGAUGCUUUGAGGAGGUUUAUUAUGACGAAAUUGGCAUGCAGUAAUCAUUUUUAAAUAUAAUAGUCAAUCCGGAGAAAAUAAAGUGAAACAUUUGUGGGACUCCAUAAAUCCAAUUAACCUUUUGUUCUCAGAAAUUCGUCAGAGAUCCUAACAAAGGCAUGCAUAAGGCAAGGGAUUUUUGUUGUUGUUGUAUAAUUUUCAUUUUGUCUUUGUUGCGAAAUCAUCCUGUUACACAUAAUGAACAUGAGUCUGAAGUAUACAACAAAAUAUUCCUUAAAUUCCAUAGUUUCUUUACCAUGCUUCCAAUCUCAUCCUAAUUGCAGCAUCUAUACAAUAAACUGAUAAAAUCUUGAAAUUAUUAUUUAAAAAAAAAAUAAUUUAUUAUUUUCAAAUCAUUGUCUUACAUGAAAAUUAAUUUUAAACAAAUUAAAGAAAAAGUGACUUUAUUUGUGUGCAUAUGUGUUUGCUUAAAACCCAUUUUGAGAAAAAUUCUUUCUCAAUUGAAUGAUAAUCAUGAUUAAAUAAGCUUGAAAAUUGUGAUAAUUGAACUCAGUUUCAUUCAGGCCCUUUGAGUUUGCAUUUUUCUAAAUUUUUGCCUGUUAUUGCCUCUGAAAAUAAGAGACAUAUAGUAACGAUCAUUUACACAUCAGAAAAUACUAUUCUUGUACCGACCCUGCUUGAUAAUUGUUCUAGCCUGCUUUUUUUACACAAAUCUUUUCAUUCUUGCUUUUCUCAGUUAUCUUUUCAGAAAACAGCUUGCAUUAAAAAUUGUAAAAUAAUUACAAUGCUACAAUAUCUUUGCCUAUUUCUAAAAAAUUUUUCUUGAUGGCUUUGGGUAACAUUGCCUUUCCCCAUUAGUAUGUGCUUGAGAUUAUGUGGUUCUGGCUUAAGAUUUAUCAAUACAAACAAAAAUUAGCACUUUUCAGUUAUUUUUUUUGGUCAAUUGUCCCUCAAAAUAAUUAUGUUGAGUGAUUUAAAAAACAUAAUAUGUAUUCAUUCCUAAGGACCAAAAAUUUUGUUAAUUUUGAAACAGAAAUUUAUGAAAGACCCGUACACAACAACUAUGGGGGGAUUCUCCAAAGUGACCAAUUUCUUGCGUGAUGUGCUCAUGACUCCUGACAACAAUAACCUUGUCAGACCCCAGUCUGAGGUGGCCGAGCUGCUGCACGAUGAUAUCCCAGGGAUGGAAAUUUCUCACAUGGACGAGCCAGGGUUCGAGAUGGUCACUAAAGUAAGACCUAAUAUUGAAAAGUCUCAUAUUCAGCGUGUCUAAUUUUACAAUAUUCCCCAAACCCAAUGUGCAGUACUUUUGUGUUUCUAGGAAUAUAGCAUAAAAUUUAAGUAAGAAAAACAUAAAAAAUACUAGUAUUUCUUCAGUCAUAUUUUUUGCAAGUGUAGUUUAUUUCUGAUUAUAUGAAAUAAUCUGUGUCUUGAGAUUCUCAAAGAAAUCAUUUUGUGUUUCACCAUUAUCUAACAUAGACGAAGCUACCACCACGGCCAGAAGUGAAAAGAUCUGACCCUCUCACUGCACAAAGAUGGAACUCUUUCUUUGAUGCAGAAGGAUGUAUUCAACAGGUGGUUGAACUCAAGGACAUCAUAUUUAGAGGUGUAAGUAAAGUACUUUAUAGACAAACAUUGCUGUACUGGUAUCAAAAUUCAUUGUAUGCAUCUUCCAUUCCAUACAUUUGUUGAACUGUAAAAAUUAGUUUAUCUUUUACUGUGCUUUUAAUUACCCGUACAUUUUUAUUUAAAAAAAAUGUAAAUGAACAGUAAACUAUAUUUUAAUAUUAAAACAAAAGGUGGUUUAAUAUAAUAAUCUGGGAGUGAACAAUUUAUAACAACUUGUAAACAAAAAAUGAUCCCGCUCAAUAUUAUCAUAUACACAUGUAGGGAGUUGACCCAUCCAUCAGGUCGGAUGUGUGGAAGUUCCUACUUGGCUACUAUGACUGGGAUUCCACGGCCAAGAAGCGGGCCGAUCACAGGAAGAGAAAAGUGUAAGUGUAAAGUUCAGCCUGGUUUAGCUCAAUUUCUUCUUCUUGAUGGAACUGUGGCAUUUAAACACAUAUUUUUGUACAUCUGAUGUGUGCUCUAAUAUUUUUGGUUUGUUUUGCUGUAUAUGAAAUUUCUAGAAACUGCUUCUUUUGUUUGGCUGUCAUGGCUGGUAUCUUAAAAAUACAUUUUUAUCUAAAAAUGUUCCUGAUUUAAGGUUACUCAAAGCAGGGAGGGUGUAAACAAUUUUAAUUAUGGACACAAGAUGGUUUAAGCUAUUUGGUCUUAAUUUAAAAAAUUUAGUGUCUCUUACAAAAAAGUUGCCAUACAGGUUUCUUUUGGUCAACAUCACAAUUGAGUUAAACCACUAUGUAUUUCAUUGUAAUAUUUAAGUAGGGGCUACAUGUAACUUACAAAUGUCCCAGUUUGUUAUCAAUACUUAUUUUAACUAUGAGUGGCAAGCAGUUCAUUUAUAAGACUGAUUCUUUUUGUUUCAGAGAUGACUAUUUCCGCAUGAAGCUGCAGUGGAAAACGGUUAGUUCGGAGCAGGAGAGGAGGUUUACAUUAUUAAAGGAAAGACGUGGUCUCAUCGGUAAAAUAUAUUCUUAUCUAUGAUGGCUAGGUUCAGAAUUGAUUUUAAUGUAUUUUUUACCAGUUAAAUAAUUUUAAUUAUUAGAAGAAAAAAAAGUUUUUAGUUAUACACACUGAUUAAUAUCAAUAGUAUCAAAAAAAAGAUAUUAGAAGAAUACUUGAAAUUCUAUUGUAUGCAAUAUUCUUCUCAAAAUUUUUCAUGUCAUUUAGAUAGCGUGUAUGUAACUUUCAUUACUGCAUGCUUAAAUUUGCAGACAAGGAUGUCACGAGGACAGACAGAACCCACAAGUUUUUCACUGGUGAUAAGAAUUCCAACCUCCAGGUUCUCUAUGAUAUUUUGAUGACCUAUUGCAUGUACAACUUUGAUCUUGGUAAAUAUGUGGUUACAUGGUCUUCGAUAUAUAGGAUUUAUUUAAGUAAAUACAAAGCCUUAUCAUGCAACAAGGUCAGGCCCCCCUCAUUUUCCUAUUACCAACCAUUCAAAAAACCCAAAUGAUCUAACACUGGAUGUCUUGCUAUAUUCCAAGUUUUAAAGUGAUGAUUUUUCGUGCAUAAUUUUGAUAUCACAAAAAUUUUUGAAACUAAACCAUUUAUAGCUAUACAUUCAACAGUACAUUAACAUUGUAAAAAAUAUUAAAAAUAUAUAAAAAGAAAGAGUUAAGAAGUAUCUCGAUUCUAUUUUGAAACUAUCUCACAAUGUGUUAAUCUGAUGUCCCAGGUUAUGUUCAGGGAAUGAGUGACAUCCUGUCCCCAAUCCUGGUCGUGAUGGAAAAUGAGGUUGAUGCUUUCUGGUGCUUUGCUGGUGCCAUGGAACGUGUGGUCAGUAUAAGACUUCAGUUUAAGUUCAUUUAGAUAGCACAGAUAUCAUCUCUUAGAUCUUUUAUUUAAUAUAUAUAUUUUUUAAACAUGUUAGUUCCGGAGUAAAAAAGAUAUGAUAUUUUAGACAGACAUAGUUUUGUAUGAACUUUUCGUGUUUCUUAGCCACAGACCUGUUUACUCUUAUGAUUUUGGCAUACAAUGUACUAUUUUGAGUUCAAAAAAGACCUUUCAGAACUACCAUUUUAAGAGAUCCGGUUGAAAAUAUAUAAUACUGGUAGUUUUUUCAAUAAUAAAAAAUAUAUAAAGUACAAUUUUGGUUUUUGCUCCAGCGGGGAAGGGAUGAAAAAUAUGAUAGUUUGGGGACCAUCUAUGAUUGUAUUAUGUUUGCCCUUAGAGGGGAAGAGAGUGGUGUUGAUUUAGCAGAUUUUGUGUACAGAUGUGUGUGUGUGUGUACAGAUGUGUGUGCAUGGGGGUUCUAAAUAUUAAGUCCAUAAAAUUAACACUACCCUAUUUUUGUCAUGAUGGGGUUGAAUGCUCUUGUGGUUGCUUUGUGUUUUCAUAAUAAACUCGCUAAACACGGCAUCAGUAAUAUUAGGGUAGUCGUCCUAGUGACAAUUUUAGUUAAUCCUAACUAUUGUUUGCUUCAGUGGUGACUUAAUUUUGGGACAUAAUUAUUUUGUUUGGCUGAAACGCAACAAGGGCAAAAACAGAGAAAACUAGCUAAAAAAAACAACAUGAGAAUGCAUUCUCAAUUGUUCCGCACAGCAGCAUUAGAUUUUGACAUAUUUCAUAGGAUCUGAGAAGGCAUACCAAAUCUAUUUUUAGAGCUCAAGUUUCAUAAAAUAAUAAAUCUCAAAUUACUUUGUAGGUUUUGUAAACGACUCAUUUCUUAAUAAAUUCUAAUUUCAAUAAAUUUUAUUUUAUGCUGAACUGACUUUGAGUAUGAACCAUGUUAAAUUUCACCGGUAACUUUUUCUCUACCAGUGACAAACUGUGAUAAUGGGAUCUGCACAUUCACCCAAAUGUUAAUUGAUAAUUGCAGCAGAUUCAUGUCUGCAAAACAAAGGGAUGACAUAUUGCAAUAUAAAUGUCAGUCAUCUGCUUUGGGAAGUUACAUUUUUUUUAUGCCAGUUUAACUCGAUCCCAUUCAGCACGCUAUGAGAAUAGUUAUUGCAAAGAUCAUAUAUGCUGUACGUUCAUUUUUUAACUAUUAAGAAACUGUAUUGUAAGCUUUUUAGUCUAUAUAGAAUGAUAUUAAGUGUUCCAGGGUAAGCAGGUCUGUAGCCAUGUUUACAUGGCACCACCAUUUUGUUGUUUCUUUGUGUACUUCACUAAUAACAUUCCAUUACACUCAGAAACUGGAAAAUGAAUUCAAAAUCAAAAACUUAAAUUACUUAGAUUUUUAGAAUGAGUGGAAAACAAGCAAUAAAUGGAUAAACAAAUAAAACAACUAUUUAACAAAUAACUCAACUAUUAAUUCUUUGACGGUCAUGGGAAAUGGGUGGUUAUAAAAGUGGCCACAUUUUCUUAAAAUACUCAUAUUCAUAUUUAUACAUACCUUUCGUUAUGAUUCAGCUAAUAAAUUAUUCUAACAUGUUUCAGUAACUCAUAAUUUUAUUCUAAUUUGAGUAGUAUUGUAUAAAUUUAUAAUUGCAUUAAAAUAGGGAUCAGAUUGCCGCAUUACCAAAACGUAGCUUGUAGUUGCUAUUUGUCACAGCCAAUUUUUCAGCAAACAAUGGGCAAAAAUUUAAAGACAUGAUCAAUUUUCUUUUAACUAUCAAAUCACACUAUUGUAAAAUAAUAACUUUUGUAUGUGAUUGCAAGUUUCUGUUGGGUUUUUAACUCAAUCUUUGGAAUAGAUCAGUUUGAAUCUAUUUCCCUGAUUUGAUGCUCUGCCUUUAAUUUUAAUUGUGGAUCAUUUGACCUUUUGUUUUGUUUUUAUGUAAUUUUUGUGUUUUGAUUUCAGUGCCACAAUUUUGAGAUGGAUCAGAAUGGCAUGAAAGUACAGCUAAGCCAGAUCCACAAGUUGAUGCAGGUUUAUGAUCCAGAGCUCUGUGCUUACCUAGGUAAAUGUGCAGAUCAUCUACUCUUCAAUAAUUAAAUACAAUGUGCGCUUUCCAGAAAUUGUUUGAUGAAUUCUCUCUGUCCUAAUACUCCUGUCCUCAGUGUGUGAAAUGCAAGAAUUCUACAAACAGAAAGCUCACAGUUAAGCUGCAUUAAACUACCAAAUAUCCUUGUCACAUAUUUCUAAUCAAUGGAUUGUAAGAGAUUUUCAUUGUAUGCAUUGUUUACCUACCCAUUUACUUUAGUCCAGCAUUGUGGGAAAGGGAACAGGGAUUAGGGUUUUGUUUGAACUAAUUUGUUAUGCCAGAAAUAUACAAUAUUAUGUUGUUAUUUUUUUUUACAGAGAGCCGUGAGUCUGGUAAUUUCUAUUUCUGCUUCCGUUGGAUCUUGAUUCAUUUUAAAAGAGAGUUCCACUUCCAUGAAAUCCAAAGACUUUGGGAGGUAAAAAAAAAUCUGAGUGUAUGCCUCUGAUACUCCCUCGUAAUAUAACUAAUGAAACACAGUCAACUUGUUGCUCUGGGAAUAAUAAUUUCUUCUGUAUUCUCCUUUUGUAAAGUUUGUAUUCCUAAAAGUACAGUUGAGUUUAAAUAUUUCGAACUUAUAACCAGAUUGAUUAAAAAAGCAUGUCAGGGAUUGGAAAUAUGUCAAAAACUUGUAAUUAAUUCUCAAAUGACUCAGAAAUUGAUGGCAAUUGCUAUUUUGUAAAAACAUUUCUAUUAUUUGUUAUUAAUUAAUUAAACAAUUUGUUUUAUUUUAUCGCCCCAAAAUUGGUCCACAUAUUAUAUUGCAACUUAAAAAUGAAAAUCCUCAAGAAACGAGUAUUGAACUGGCCAUUUUUAUCUGCAGGUACUAUGGACUGACCGCCCAUGUAACAACUUCCACCUGGUUAUUUCAUUAGCCAUCCUUGACAAUGAAAAGUCCACUUUAAUGGAAAACAAAUUUGGUUUUACAGAAAUUCUUAAGGUAUCUCCUGGCUUAAAUAUACUUUGCCCUUGAGUAGUUGUUUUAUGAAUAGACCAAAUCUUUUCUCACUUCAUGUUAAAUAGAUCAAAUCUUUCCUCACUUCAUCUUAAAAUUAAAAGUAUAGGAGUGCGGAAUGAUAUGGUGGUUUAUUUUUUAAAUUAUACAACUUAUGUUAUUUAGCAUGCUUUAAAUUUUUUUUCACUGGAGUCUCAGGAUAAAACACUAGUUGUGUUAUGAUAAGACACUAGUUGUGUUAGGAUAAGACACUAGAUGUGCUAGGAUAAGACACUAGUUGUGUUAGGAUGAGACAAUAGUUGUAUUAGGGUGAGACACUAGAUGUGAUAGGAUGAGUCACCAGUUGUGUUAGGAUGAAACACUAGUUGUGUUAGGAUAAGACACUAGUUGUGUUAGGAUAAGACACUAGAUGUGCUAGGAUAAGACACUAGUUGUGUUAGGAUGAGACAAUAGUUGUAUUAGGGUGAGACACUAGAUGUGAUAGGAUGAGUCACCAGUUGUGUUAGGAUGAAACACUAGUUGUGUUAGGAUAAGACACUAGUUGAUUUGCGAACAGCGAUAAAAAGAACAUGCCACCUUAAUUAUAAGCAAUUUAAAGCCAGUCACCCAAUUCUGAGAAAACAUAUAUUUGGUUGUACCAAAUUGAGACUUUUAUCAACACAAAUAAAAAUCCUGACGAUCAGGAGGGAGCACAUCAUGCCAAAGAGGUUUAUCUUGUGCACAUCAUGCCAAAGAGGUUUAUCUUGUGCACAUCAUGCCAAAGAGGUUUAUCUUGUGCACAUCAUGCCAAAGAGGUUUAUCUUGUGCACAUCAUGCCAAAGAGGUUUAUCUUGUGCACAUCAUGCCAAAGAGGUUUAUCUUGUGCACAUCAUGCCAAAGAGGUUUAUCUUGUGCACAUCAUGCCAAAGAGGUUUAUCUUGUGCACAUCAUGCCAAAGAGGUUUAUCUUGUGCACAUCAUGCCAAAGAGGUUUAUCUUGUGCACAUCAUGCCAAAGAGGUUUAUCUUGUGCACAUCAUGCCAAAGAGGUUUAUCUUGUGCACAUCAUGCCAAAGAGGUUUAUCUUGUGCACAUCAUGCCAAAGAGGUUUAUCUUGUGCACAUCAUGCCAAAGAGGUUUAUCUUGUGCACAUCAUGCCAAAGAGGUUUAUCUUGUGCACAUCAUGCCAAAGAGGUUUAUCUUGUGCACAUCAUGCCAAAGAGGUUUAUCUUGUGCACAUCAUGCCAAAGAGGUUUAUCUUGUGCACAUCAUGCCAAAGAGGUUUAUCUUGUGCACAUCAUGCCAAAGAGGUUUAUCUUGUGCACAUCAUGCCAAAGAGGUUUAUCUUGUGCACAUCAUGCCAAAGAGGUUUAUCUUGUGCACAUCAUGCCAAAGAGGUUUAUCUUGUGCACAUCAUGCCAAAGAGGUUUAUCUUGUGCACAUCAUGCCAAAGAGGUUUAUCUUGUGCACAUCAUGCCAAAGAGGUUUAUCUUGUGCACAUCAUGCCAAAGAGGUUUAUCUUGUGCACAUCAUGCCAAAGAGGUUUAUCUUGUGCACAUCAUGCCAAAGAGGUUUAUCUUGUGCACAUCAUGCCAAAGAGGUUUAUCUUGUGCACAUCAUGCCAAAGAGGUUUAUCUUGUGCACAUCAUGCCAAAGAGGUUUAUCUUGUGCACAUCAUGCCAAAGAGGUUUAUCUUGUGAGAUUGGUGCAUGGGGUUUCUUAAAGCAUAAUUAUUUCAAAAGCAUUCACUGAUGUGGUUUAUCCUUGCAGCAUAUCAAUGACAUCAGCCUGUCCAUACCCCUUGAGGACACUCUCCGUAAAGCUGAGGGGAUUUUCCUGCAACUGAAAGAGUACAAAAAGCUUCCCAAGGUGGUUAAGGAAAUCCUGGGCCUCCUUCCUGUGCCAACCUCCCUGUCCAUGGAGAACAGCAUGACCUCCAGCUCGCUCCAGGACCUGAAGUCGGAGGCCAAUUCUAAGGUGGAUACCCCUCAACUGAUGGCUGGCGGUGCGUCCUCUGGGACGGGCGUCCAUGUCAAUGGGUCUAGAAGUCAUGCGUUGGGCAACAAGCAGUCGAGUGUUGUCAUGGAUGAUGGCUCCAAGAUUCUGACAUAGUGUCUUUCAUAUUCUUGGACUCUGGGGGUUGGGCAUUUGACGGGAAAGGUAAAGUAAACACAACAAAUGUAUUGCACAAUCUUCCAAUGACCAGCUUCAAAUAUUUCUUGAAAGAAUAAUAGGAAUAUGCUCUGUAAGCUAACAUCUGUUACUCUUCACAAACCAAAAAAUGAAUGUUUGCUAGGUUUGCAGUUGAGAUAAAAAUCUAUUGUUAGGACUGCCUGGCUUAUUGCAUUCUUUAUGUAUAGAAAUGAUACCGAUGUUUUUGUGUGUGUGUCAAAUUAAUGUUCCUCCUUUUCCUCCUCACCAUAAAAACAACAGUAUUUAUUAUCAGAUUUGUUGUUAGCUGGAAACAAUUUUUAUUUGUUAAAUGUUAAAUCAUUAAAUUUAACUCCAUUAUUUUUAUUAACAUUAAUUUUUUCAUUUUUCAUUAUGUUAUGUUUUUUUUUUUUUAACAACUUCCCACUUACAAAUAUAAAAAAAAAAUUAAAAAAAUGCCAAUUGAUAAAUCUAUUUAUAUUUGUACUUUUAAAUAAUUUUGUUGCUUAUGUAUGCAUUGGGGUUUUUAAUAAAAUGUUUCAUUUAGUGUCAUUUAGGGAUUAGAUGCUGUGUUCAGGCCAAAACUGAGUUAUGUGUUCCUUAAACAAAUUUUUUAACAUUUUAAAAUAAAUUAUUCGUCCAUUACUUUAAAAAAAAAACUUAAAACCUUUAAUCCAACUUAAAAUUAAAAACUAGAGAAAAUUUAAUCACAGAAGCCUUAAGAGAUAAGUCUGUAACAUGCAACACAAAGUAAGGUCAUUUCAAUGUAACAAAUUGGAUAUUUCUGUUGAUCUCUUGUCAGAACGUAUGCAAUAAAAACACACUCAAAGAAAUGAUGCAGGAAUUAUUAUCAUUGUUCUCUUAAAGUGCAAGUAACCUUCCAUUAUUUUGUUCAUCAGUUCAGAGUUACUAUUUAUCUUGGGGAAUAAAGGGUUAUAAAUGAUUCUUUUAUUAGUUUUAUUGUAAGUGUGCAUUGAAUUAUUUAUAGACUUAAUUUUUUAUUUAGACAUGUGCCAACAGUACAAAAAGGAUGACAGACUUGUCCUGUUUGAAAUUGCAAGUGUUUGCUGGAAAAUUAAUCACUCAUUAAAUUAAUUAAUUAAUCAUUAAAUUGGUAUAUUGACUCCUACGUGUUAUCAAAUCUUUGUACUGCAGUUUGUCUAAGCGGUCACCAAGCAUUCAUUCUUUUUGUCCAGAGACGAGGAACUGUUGAAUUGCCCAUCUCACCGUUUGAUUGCUACAAUGUGAUAUCUUUUGUUCUUUUGGUGAUGUUGCAUUCAUGUGAGGGGGAAUGAUGUUUUUUAAGAAAAUCAAGUGUAGCGUUCGAUUUAUUGCCAUCAGUUUUUUAUGCAAUCUUUUCAACUGUUCUGAGAAGCCUUAUUCAUCUGAAAUAUGCUCAUCUGAAAGUAAGAUAAGGAUCAAUUAAUUUGUUAGCAAAUCAAGUUUACAAAGGAUAUAGUUGAUUUCUAUCCCCUUUGAUUAGUUUGUGAUUUUAACAAGUCAGGUGCUGUGCCUAAGUCUGGACCUAUCCUAAAAGUAUAUUUGUAAAAGUUGAAAGGAAACUUGAUUGAUAUAUGUAAUAUCACUAAAUGAGGACUAAUAGGACAAUAACCCUUUGUGUAGUUCUCUGAAGAGGGAAGAAAAGAUUUUAACCCACACUGAGACUGCUGAACAAAAUUAAGUACCUUAUUAAUUUUUGAAUUUAUUUAUGACAUUCUUCAUGUGGUGUUUGGUGUCUAAGGACCAGAUAUUGGAACCACUUGAGCUGCGUGCUCUCCUGUCUUUUGUGUUGUCCUGUUCUUUAGUCAAAGAAGAAUCAUAAUAUCCAACAUAUUAUACUUUAUUGGGAAAGUUUGAUGUCAAUGGAACACUAAAUUUUUGUUAUUUGUCCUGAACAUACCCAUUGUGUGCAAAAUAAAUUUGAUGCAAUAUAACUUUGUUUUGUGCAAAACUAAGUCCACCUCAGUGCUAUGCUACUUAAUGACCCUUCAGUUGGCAAUGAACUAUUGGAUCAUGCCCAUGGCACUGUUAGUUUUUUUGUUAAAAAACCUUAGUAAAAGAUUUCAAUGACCUUCAAUAAUUAAAGCUGAAAGGUCCCUAAACCAAGUCUUGACCAAGCUGCACAGUUUUGGCCAAGCUGCACAGUUUUGGCCAAGCUGCACAGUUUUGGCCAAGCUGCACAGUUUUGGCCAAGUCUUUGCACGAACUUACACUUAAAAUUAAAAAAAAAAAUAUGAUCACUGUUACCAUUCCAUUGUUUAUCUCGUACAAUUAUUUCCUCUGUUAUUUUUGUGCUAACACAUUGCUCUAUAAACUGAAUUCCUUCAUGAACUUAGUUGAAACCAUGGUUUCUGACAUCCCUUUUAGUAUGGUCAUGUAUUUCCCAAGAAUUAAUUGUAAGUUUGAAUAUCUAUCUCUCAUGUAUUUUUCCUCAGGAUUAACUGUAAGUUUCACUAACUCUCUCAUGUAUUUCGAUUAGUGGGUCUAUGGUAGCUAUAAGAUGUAAUCAGUGUACAAAAUGGCAAUCACUAAUACUCUUGAAACCACCUCAACAUUUAUUUCCUCUGUAUUUGUCAGCCACCUGCUACAGUCGCUAAAUUUAAACAAAGAAGAAUGGGUGCUGAAUGUUCGGUUCUUACUUCUCGGAUGCUCUUAGAUGGUGCUUAUUCCAAAUGCAAAGUUGCAUUGACAUUUUACUGUGUCUCCAACAAGUUCAUGUAAAAAAUUCAUCUGAUAUUCUUGAUGUAGUUCAGCUAAAUUCAUCAAUUUAAUCAUGAAUUCAAUGGAUUGCAACUGGAAAAAUACUUAAAUAAAAAAAUUAUUAUUAAAGAAAUCUGAUGACUUUAUUACAAAGAUAAAAAUUAUAAAGGGAUGUAAACAAAGAAUCCUUUUUUGGGACCAAGUUUUUCCACUCUGUAAUAUUUUCACUACCUGCCACUGUCUUCAUGAGAUUCAAUAGUAGUUUGGCUUUAGUUAGAGAUCUGAAUUUCUGUUAAAGCUUUGCAUGGUCCAGCCAAUGUAGCCAAGUUUCAUUGUUUAUUGCUCUUCUUCCUCUGUUUUAAAAUGCGAUAAUUUCUUAACAAAUAAGCAAGCACAUAUUUUGUGAACAUUAAUUUUCUAAUCAAAAUAUAAAUAUUUGUGUAAAUGCCCAGGUGUAAUCUUCAGGUGGAAAAAUGGGGGACAUAACUCAAUGUCUACAAUUUAAAUUUCAUAUUUUGAACUCAGUUGCUACUGACACAAGCCAAAUGUGUUGUCAGUGUCGUCCCAGUUGUUGUUACAUGAUGUCAACAGAUUAUUGCUUCUUAGAUCAUUGCAGUCAUUUUAAUAUUAUUCUUAAGAUAUUUGGUUCAACACGUAGAAUAUAAAAUAAAUUAUAUCACAGUAUAAAGUCUAUAUUUGUGGUGUGUACAUUUUUAGAGUUGCAACCCAUUUUUGGGGAUUAUGAGGAUUAAGACUGGGU